UAAUUAGGGUCCUCAACUUUAGGGGUGGCAAGAAUCAAACAAACCCAACCCAACAAGUAAACCGAAAGCAAUGAUAAUAAUUACAAUUAUAAUACUUGAAUGCGACAGAUCGACGGCAAUUAAAUUACGAAGAAGCAAAGCAUGGCCGGCGAGAGUGAAAGAAUGCGAGGGCCCCAUUAACUCAAUGAGCCAGCGACCUUUGAAUUUUGGAGCACUAUGAAGAAGAUCCACACUCUGAUGAUCAUGGUGACUUCAACCAUCAACCUCAACGUGAAGCUCCAAUUUGCAACUCACCUGUUAUUGCGGUUACUCCUCCACAUGCCUCGCUUCACCUGCAAAUGCUUCUCCUUCGUUUGGAACCGAACCACCACUCGCAACACCAAUAAUACCCUCGGUCUCCCUCAAACCUUUUCUCUCUCUGCUCCUCUUCCUCAAUGGCCACAAGGACAAGGUUUUGCUUCGGGAAUUGUUAGCCUUGGUGAAAUUGAAGUGUGUGAGAUCACAGGGUUUGAGUUUGUUUGGAGCAGCAGUGAUAGAAUAGACAUUAGAAAAUCUGUUGCAUUCUAUAAGCCUGUAGGAAUACCGGAUGGAUUCCGCGUUCUCGGUCACUAUUGUCAGCCCUGCUACAAGCCCUUGAGGGGUUUUGUACUUGUGGCUAGGGAAGCAGAAGCUUCCAAAUCCGAAAAUACUGAAAUUCGCGACAGCGAUGAAUUGCCGGCUCUGAGGAAUCCCCUUGAUUAUACAUUGGUAUGGUGUUCUAAUGCAGGAGACAAGGAAGUGUCGAAUGGUUCUGGUUACUUUUGGAUACCCCUGCCUCCUAAAGGAUACAAAGCUCUUGGCUACUUGGUUACUAACAAGCCUGAAAAGCCUCAUUUGGAUGAAAUUAGUUGUGUUCGUGCCGAUCUCACUGAUAUAUGUGAACCUUACCGUGCAAUGUUUGAUGCUAGUUCUGUGAUUCCGGAGAUUCCAUUUCAGGUAUGGAGUUUGAGACCGAGUGAUCGUGGCAUGUGGGGGAAAGGAGUUUCAGUAGGGACAUUUUUCUGCAGUAGUUAUUGGAUCAAAGGAGAAGAGUUACCAAUUGCAUGCUUGAAGAAUUUGAACUCAAUGCUACCAGCAAUGCCACAACUCCAACAAAUACAUGCACUCAUAGAGCACUAUGGUCCUACUGUUUUCUUUCAUCCUGAGGAAGUUUACUUGCCGUCUUCUGUUGAAUGGUUCUUCAGCAACGGAGCGCUCUUGUACAGAAAAGGCGCAACAAUGGGUGAGGCCAUUGAUGCAACUGGCUCAAGUUUGCCGGUUGGAGGGACAAACGAUGGGGAGUUUUGGAUAGAUAUGCCGAAUGAUGAUCGAAGGGAGUUUGUGAAACGCGGCGACUUGAAAAGUGCAAAAUUGUAUGCUCAUGUGAAGCCAGCUCUAGGUGGAACUUUCACAGACAUUGCCAUGUGGGUUUUUUGCCCCUUCAAUGGACCAUCCACUCUGAAAUUAGGAAUUAUGAGUAUGCCUUUUAGCAAGGUUGGAGAGCAUGUGGGAGAUUGGGAGCAUUUCACACUUCGGAUAUCUAAUUUCACUGGAGAACUUUGGAGUAUCUAUUUCUCACAGCAUAGUGGUGGUAAAUGGGUGGAUGCCCAAGAUUUGGAGUAUGUUGAUGGCAACAAAGCUAUUGUUUACUCGUCAAGAAAUGGACAUGCAAGUUUCCCACAUGCUGGAACCUAUAUCCAAGGGUCUUCAAAGCUUGGAAUUGGGAUCAGGAAUGAUGCUACUAGAAGCAAUUUGUAUGUGGAUUCUAGUUCUCAGUACGAGGUUGUUGCAGCUGAGUACCUAGGAGAUGCUGUCACUGAGCCUCAGUGGUUGCAGUUUAUGAGAGAGUGGGGUCCCAAAAUUGUUUAUGAUUCAAAAACUGAGCUGGAUAAGAUCAUCAAUGCUCUGCCACUCGGGCUUCGAAGUUCAUUCGAGAACUUAGUUAAAAAGCUACCAGUGGAGUUGUAUGGUGAGGAAGGUCCUACAGGGCCAAAAGAGAAAAAUAACUGGAUAGGAGAUGAAAGAUGGUGAACUGAUUCAUAUUCUUGUGUUCAUAUCACACCGAUUGCUUUAAUCGGCAAAGUCUGGGAUAGUUUUGUAAUUGUAUUGUAUUUGUAUUAUUUUUGUAUAGUUGGGUGCACAUACAAAGAUUUAUUUUUCUCCCUUUUCAAAUACAGAGAGAUUUAUGUAAUUCAAUGGUUUAGAGCGGUGCUUCAUUAUUUAAUAUUUAUGUAAUGCUAAUAUUGAUAUGGUCAUUA